AUGGAGUCGCGGAUGGAUCAGUACGAGCUCAUGGAGCAGAUCGGGCGUGGUGCCUUUGGCGCCGCCAUUCUAGUUCAUCACAAGGCCGAGAGAAAGAAGUAUGUUCUGAAGAAGAUCAGAUUAGCUCGACAAACUGAACGUUGCCGGAGAUCUGCUCAUCAAGAAAUGUCUUUAAUUGCGAGGGUUCAGCAUCCUUACAUCGUCGAGUUUAAAGAAGCUUGGGUUGAGAAAGGUUGCUAUGUUUGUAUUGUCACUGGAUAUUGUGAAGGAGGAGACAUGGCCGAGUUGAUGAAAAAGUCCAACGGUGUGUACUUUCCUGAGGAGAAACUCUGCAAGUGGUUUACGCAACUGUUGUUAGCUGUUGAGUAUCUUCAUUCUAACUAUGUUCUACAUCGUGAUCUCAAGUGUUCCAACAUUUUCCUUACUAAAGAUGACGUCCGCCUUGGGGACUUUGGUCUGGCCAAAACUCUAAAGGCGGAUGACCUAACUUCCUCGGUCGUUGGAACUCCAAACUACAUGUGCCCGGAACUGCUUGCUGAUAUCCCUUAUGGUUUUAAAUCAGAUAUCUGGUCUCUAGGCUGUUGUAUAUACGAGAUGGCUGCAUUUCGGCCUGCUUUCAAAGCUUUUGAUAUGGCAGGGCUUAUAAGCAAGGUUAAUCGCUCCUCAAUUGGUCCGUUGCCUUCAUGCUAUUCUCCAUCUUUAAAAGCACUUAUCAAGGGGAUGCUAAGGAAGAACCCAGAGUAUCGGCCAAGCGCCUCCGAGAUUUUGAAGCAUCCUUAUUUGCAGCCAUACGUGGAGCAGUACCGUCCAGCCAUAAACGCAGCGUCUAUAACUCCAGAAAAGCCUCUCAACUCUCGUGAGGGCCGGAGGAGUAUGGCUGAAAGCCAGAACAGCAAUAGCUCCAAUGAGAGAGAUAACUUCUACGUGAGUGACAAAGGUAACCGACCUGUGGGUCCAAGCAACGGUAAUAAAGUCGCUGAGACCGAUUCAGUUUCUGUCGAUGAAGAAGACAUUGUCGAGCACAUGCAGCAACAACAACCGGUUGAAAAUGAAAAUCUCCAGUGCGUUUCAGCAACGAAAACAGAUAGUCAUGGGAUUCUAAAGCCCUCACAGAGUGACCAACGGCCAGAGAUGAUUCAACCAAGGCACCCAAAGACUAUUAGAAACAUCAUGAUGGUUCUAAAAGAAGAGAAAGCUAGAGAAAAUGGCUCACCCAUGAGAACUCAAGUUAAUCGAGGGAGAACAUCUGGUGUUCCGACACAGAAGAACAAUACUGAAACUCCUUCAAAGAUUCCAAAACUCGGUGACAUUGCUCAUAGCUCUAAGACUAACGUAAAUACACCCUCAAAGCUUGCUUCUGAUUCUGCAAAGACUCCACCACCGAAGCAUCCACAAAUGCCAAUGAUCGACUCUACUUCCAAAAUCAAGCCUAGAAACGACAGAAUCCCUCUGGCUCCCGCGGCGAAACAGGAGCCGGAAGAGGCAAUGUCAGCUAAGCGAAGACAAAGGACACCUCCUACUUUACCAAGAAGAACGUCCUCAAGGCAAUUAGGAGGAGAUAAUCCAAAUUUGGUGGCUAAAGACACCACGAAGCUAUUAUAUCCAUGUCAGCCGUCAGAGCACGAAAAUAAUACUCAUCAUCAACCUCGUGUCCAAGCUGAGCCAAAGAGAACCUCUGUCGGAUCUUCCAAAGGGGUCCAGAGUGAAAGCAGCAACUCCAUCUCGUCUUCUUUGUCCAUGCAAGCAUUUGAGCUCUGUGAUGAUGCUUCCACACCCUAUGUCGACAUGUCGGAACACACAACUCCUGAUGACCACAGACGAUCAUGUCAUAGCGAAUACUCGUCUUCCUUUCCGGAAAUCUCAUCAGAGAUGCUGAUCCGGAGAGAAGAACACAGCACCAGUAUGCGCCUUGCCGACACUGUUCGUGUUCCUGAUGUUCAGAACAACAUUUCCCAACACCAGCCAGGAGGAAGCUCCUCUCCUCCUCCUGCGUCUAAGGAGAGUGGUAGCCCUCUAACGUUACAAAGCUACGAGCCAAACGCGCCAGGGGAUGAUAAAUUCACAGUCAAAGAAUUCGUCUCACAAGUGCCUUCGGAUAACAAAACCACAGGCGUUGUCUCUCAGAACUCAACUCUUGAGAGGAGCAACAAUCCUUCGGUGGUUGAUGAUGUCAUACACGUAAUCCGGCACAGCAGUUUCCGAGUAGGGAGUAGUGACCAGCCGGUCAUGGAGAGUGUUGAAGUGGGUGUCCAGAACGUUGACGUUGGGAAACUCAUUAACGUUGUCAGAGAUGAACUUGAAGUGAGGAAAGUAGCCACUCCCUCCUCUGAUACCAACUCAGAGCCUCCCCCUCCUCCUCCUGCUGAAGAGCCAGACCCCAUCACUAACUAUUCAGAAACCAAGAGCUUUAACUCCUGCUCUGAUUUUUCACCACCUGAGACUAGACCAAACUCAUUCAUGCCUGAAGAGGAAACUACUCCGGUUCCAGCUGUCAAAGAGACGUUGGACAUCAAGUCUUUCAGACAGAGAGCAGAGGCCCUUGAAGGUCUCUUGGAACUAUCUGCGGAUUUGCUGGAGCAGAGUAGACUCGAAGAGCUAGCCAUCGUGUUGCAGCCCUUUGGGAAGAACAAAGUUUCGCCUAGAGAAACUGCUAUUUGGUUGGCAAAGAGCUUAAAAGGUAUGAUGAUCGAUGACAUCAAUCAUAACAACUGUGGCACUUCCAGGAAUUGUUCAUGAAGGUACGACUGUAUUAUACACCAUCUUCAACCAAAACUCUCUCUUCUGUUACCUUUUUUCUUUUUUUUUCCUGUAACGUUUAAAUUUGCACAAAGCAAUAAUUCCUUCUUUUGUUUUAAAAAAAAAGAGAAAAGAAUCCAUUAUAAACCAUAUUUUUUUCAAAGAACUCAUCAUUUUCGAAA